UUCCUAGCUAAACCUUCUUUCUAAACCCUAUUUCAUCUUCAGCCAAACCCCUUCCGUUCAAUUACCAGCCACUGCAACCCCUCCCCCCGCUGCCGCUGCUCGCUGCAGUCUCAGCGUCCCGAUGAACUCGCUGCCGCUCCCUCCUUCUUACACCCUAUUGCCUCUCCGUGUGAUCAGAGUUACUUAUCGUUGUUGUUCUUUUCUAAUCCUCAGAAAUAUAAAUAGUGGUUCAGCACCUAAACCACGCCGUUGGUGAGAUUGCGCCGACACUCAACUGCAUCGGCGCUCAUUUUUCAGAUACCGAAGGGGUUCUAAGCAGGAGUAAAUUUUUCUGCUCUCGAGCUUCCAUCAACAUAGCUCAGUUUUCUCAUGUUGCGUUGGUACUCAAGAAAGUUGAACUUCUUUGGCAAUGAUAUGGGGACAUGGCUGUAAUAUCUUCCGAAUAGCACCUCGUCAAAUCCUCAGAACAUUUGCUCAUCAGCCGCACCGUAAAUGUUUGGCCCCACUUAUAAAUUUAACCAAAAACCUCCACAACCAACUAAACCAAGACAUUGAGCAGAAAUUUUCAGAGAACAGGCAAGUGAUUCUCACUAAUGAGCUUGUGCACACCACUCUGUUGAAUUGUUCUUCUGAUUUAGUCACUUUGAGCUUUUUCAUGUGGUGUGCUAAACAGCCCAAUUUCUUCCACAACACCACGGCGUUUGAAUACAUGGUGGGUGUGGUUUCCCGUCUCAUGGAACGAUAUGAAACUGUGAGUGGGAUUCUUGGGGCAUUGGAGAGUGUUGGCAUUGUAACUAAGGCACAAACGUUUUUGCUUCUUUUGAGGAUUUAUUGGCGUGGAGGAAUGUACGAGUUGGUUUUUGAAGCAUUUGACCAUAUGGAUCGCUGUGGAUUUACACCCAACACGUUUGCACGUAAUGUGAUUAUGGAUGUGUUGUUCAAGGUUGGACGUGCUGAUGUUGCUUUGGAGGUCUUUAAAGAGACCUUGCUACCUAAUUUCUUGACAUUUAACAUUGUAUUGUGUAAUUUAUCCAAAAUAAGAGAUUUGAUAGGCAUUAGAGAUGCUUUUAGAUGUAUGUUGAGAAUGGGGUAUUAUCCUAAUCCUGGGACAUUUGAAGUGGUUUUGAAUGAUUUAUGCAAAUUGGGUAGGCUGGUAGAAGCAUAUCAAGUUUUGGGUAUAAUGACAACUAUUGGAAUAUCCAUGUCUGUAAACAUUUGGACUAUAAUGAUUGAUGGAUUCCGUCGAUUGCACAGAACUGCUGAUGCUUCUUCUUUAGUGAAGAAGAUGGAAAUAUCUGGCUGUUCUCCGAACAUCGUGACAUAUACUACUCUGAUUAAGGGAUAUAUGGAUGCACAACUGGUUAGUGAUGCAUUUGAUGUUUUAAGUAUUAUUGAAUUGGAAGGGCUUUCCCCCGAUCGGGUUCUUUACAAUGUAUUGAUUGAUGGUCUUGCUAAGAUUGGGAGAUACGAUGAAGCUCUCUGUAUUUUCCUUAGUAUGGAUAAACAAAAUAUACUGCCCGACUGUUAUACCUUCAGUUCAUUGUUGAAUACCAUAUGUUUAUCCAAAAGGGUUUUCCUUCUACCCAAGUUAGUUGAUGGAUUUUUUGUAGAAGUUGACUUGGUGGCAUGUAACUCUCUGCUUAGUUAUCUCGGCAAGGCUGGAUUUCCUUCGCUUGCCUUAGAACUAUAUGAUGAGAUGUUGGAUAAAGGUUUAAUGCCAGAUAAGUAUAGUGUUCUUGGAGUACUAACUGGUCUUUGUCAAGCAAAAAGAAUUGAUGAAGCAGUUAAUCUGUACAAUGGUAUUCUCUUGAACUAUACGGGAGUUGAUGCUCAUAUUCACACUGUAAUUAUAAAUGGACUUAUAAAAGCUGGUAAAUGUCAUUCAGCCAUUAGAGUAUUCAGAAAAAAAUUAUUGGAGAAAAGUUCUUUAGAUGCUGUAUCAUAUUCUGUUGCCAUUCGUGGGCUCCUUAUGGUUGGUAGAGGUACAGAGGCUUGUAAAUUAUAUAACUACAUGAAGGAAGCUGGUAUAAAUCCAAAUGGGGAUAUGUGCAAUGUAAUGCUCUCCAGUUUCUGCAAAGAAAAAGAUUUUGAAUCAGUGAAACAGAUGCUACAAGAAAUGAUUGAUUUGGGAAUAGAAAUUAGCUGGAAUAAUUUCUUUAGGUUAUGCAAUGCCAUUUAUAGUUCAUCAUACAACUUUUAUCCUGUCAGCCAUUUAUUAGUUGAGAUGAAGGGUUUGGGAUUAUUGCCUGACAAACUGGGUUGUUAAACAUUGGUUUAUAAACGCCUCAAAGCUGUGAAUAUUUCUGAAGAACACCAUAAAUUAUUGAAUGGUCAUCUAGAAUAUUAUCUAUUUGGUGAUACAUCCUGCUCCUAAGAAUAUACUAAUGUGGCUGCUUCUGUGGGCUGAGUUUGUAUGUAGAAGGAAGUCCAAAUUUUCAAAAUGACGGUACAGUUGCGAUUUUCGGAGUUUAUUCUAACAUUCUCUCCAACACUAAAAAGAACUUAUUUUAAUUUUUUAACUCAAUGGAGGCGGGUGAUUUCCUGAACUUGGCAUGAACAGCAGGGAGUGACGACCAACCAUGAUUAUCUUCAACGACUCGGCAAGAUUGGAUGCUCAUGGUUCGCAGAUAUGAAACGUUUUCGAGUCCAACAAUUUGCCUUUGUCAUCUAAGCUCUCAGAAUCUGAAUCUGUCGAAUGAUAGAAGGGGGGUUGCUUCCUUCGCAUGAAUAGUGGAGAAGCACAAUUGGUCAUUUAAAAGUUUGGUGGGGUAGCUGUCUACUUCCCAAUGGUGGAAGCUUGAGAGAGACAAUAGUCUU